AUGUCAGCUAGACCAAGAGUUUUUUUUGACAUCACCAUUGGUGGUGAGAUCAAGGGAAAGGUUAUUUUUGAAUUGUUCAAUGAUAUAGUUCCCAAAACUGCAGAAAAUUUUCGCGCUUUAUGCACUGGUGAAAAAGGCGUUGGUAAAUUGGGAAAGCCCUUAUUUUUUAAGGGGUCCACUUUUCAUCGUGUUAUUAAAGGAUUUAUGAUUCAGGGUGGUGAUUUCACAGCAGGUAAUGGUACCGGAGGUGAAUCUAUCUAUGGGGAGAAGUUUGAGGAUGAAAACCUUGAUACAAGUACUUUGAAGCAUGAUCGUCCAUUUCUUUUGUCAAUGGCUAAUGCCGGACCAAAUACCAAUGGGUCACAAUUUUUUGUGACUACUGUGCCAACCCAGCAUUUAGAUGGAAAACACGUUAUCUUUGGCCAAGUUUUGAGUGGAAAAUCCGUUAUUCGUGCAGUGGAAAAGACUAAGACAGGUCCAAAUGAUCGGCCUGAAGAAGACGUUGUCAUUGCAAACUGUGGAGAGUAUCCUGCAGACAAGCCCUUGCCACCUAAGGUUGAUGAUGGUACUGGAGAUAAGUAUGAAGAGUCAAUUGCCGAUGAUGAGUCCAUCGAUAUCAAUAGUUCAGCCAGUGUAUUUGCUGCAGUUCAGGAUUUAAAAAGUAUUGGUACAAAGCUGUACAAGGAAGGUAAACUUUCUAAGGCAUUUGAGAAAUAUAGCAAGGCUAGUCGAUUUUUGGAAGAGUAUUUCCCCGAAGACCUCAGUGAAGCUGAUCUCAAGACUGAUCAAGAUCUUAAGGUAUCAUUGUAUUUGAACAUUGCUAUCGUGGCUUUACGUUUAAACAAAAACUUAGAAGCUCUUGAGGCAGCUAAGAAUGCAAUGGAGGUUGGGGAAAUUGGAAAUCAAGAAAAGGCCAAAGCUUUAUACCGUAUGGGAUCGGCGUAUCUUGGGCUCAAAAAUCAUGAAGAGUCUAUUGCUAAGUAUCAAGAAGCUUUGAAAUAUGCACCCAAUGAUUCUGCAAUUUUACAGGGUUUGAAUAACGCCAAAACUAAGCUUAAUGAGCGCAAGCAGAAGGAGCGUGCCAUUUUCUCCAAGUUCUUUAUUAAGUAA